GCGCAGGUGGUGCUGCUGGGAUUGGUGGAGAGCUACCGCGUGGGCGGGCUGGAGGGAUUCCAGGAGGUGGACGACCCGAUCUACCCGGGCGGAGCGUUCGACCCGCUGGGGCUGGCGGACGACCCCGACGCGUUUGCGGAGCUGAAGGUGAAGGAGCUGAAGAACGGGCGGCUGGCGCAGGUGGCGGUGCUGGGCUUCUUCGUGCAGGCCAUCGUCACCGGCAAGGGGCCCCUCGAGAACCUCGCCGACCACCUCGCCGACCCCGCCGCCAACAACGCCUGGGCCUACGCGCAGAACUUCGUGCCCGGCGCCUAGAGAGGAGCUGUUUUCGCCGCCGAGAAGAUGACGCGCCGAACUUCGUGCCUGGCGCUGUGAGGGCGGAGUUCAGAGAACAUAGCGGCUGGUGCUUCUUUGAUUGCUCUUAUUUGUACAGCCCGCUUUGAUGUAUGUAUAGUUGAAAUGCUAAAUCAAAUAG